GUUAAGAGCGAUAAAGAUAGAGACGAUUCGUUGGCGGUGAGACUGGUGGUUGAUAGAGAAAGAGAGAAAAAGUACCAACGUAUGCGAGAAAGAGAGAAUCGAAGAGAUGCCAGGAUUCGCGGCUCCUACGCAGGUGGAGAUGGAUGCUGUACGGGGAUAUCCAUAGUGUACGUGCGAGAGACCGAGAAAAGGCUAGAGAGAGAGAGAGAUGGAGAUAGAGACAAAGAGAGAGAGAGAGAGAGAGAGAGAGAGAGAGAGAGAGAGAAGUGCGAGAUGAGAGGGGAGACGUGAUCUUCGGAUCCUCGUUGAGUCUUGUGGAAGGGAGAGAGAAUGAAGGAAGAGAGGAGGAAGGAAGAAAGGAAGGGAGAAUGAAGGAAGGAAAGAAAGAAAGAAGAGAAUGAAGGAAGAAAGAGUGAGAGAGAGAGAGGGAGAGAGAGAGAGAGAGAGAGAGAGAGGGCAGAGGUAGUCUUUCUCGGUCGAGUAGGUAAGAUAAGGACGAGGCGGACAAACGGACUGACGAAGAGUAUCCAAGGUAGGGAUAUUCAGUCUCUCGGCCACGUGCUACACGAGCGCACGCCCCGAGCCGGCCGGUGGUCCAGACACGACGUUUCCUUCGUCCUUUCUUCUUCGCCCCUGUUGUAUCCAACAUUUCUUCUUCCUCUCUCUCUCUCUCUCUCUCUUACACUCCCUCUCUCUCUCUCUCUCUCUCUCUCUCUCUCUCUCUCUCUCUCUCUCUCUCUUGCUCUCCUUUUUUUGUUCGUCUUAUCAUAUCCCCCCUCUCUCUCUAUCUAUUUAUGUAUCUUUUCCAACUUUGUUUCCUUUUGCUCUCGUCUAUCAUCAUCUCUUUCAUAUAAACGAUCCGAGAUGUAUUUCAAAUCGAGAAGUACAUAUAUUUCGGUGUCCUUCGAUUGAAUCACGUAUUAUUGAGGAUAUUACAAGGAUCUCUGUGAAUUACUUAAAGAGAGAGAGAGAGAGAGAGAGAGGGGGAGAACAAUUAUCAACAAGUGCCAAGAGAAAUUAUCAAACGUCAAAGUGUCUCUUAGUGACCUUGAAAGAUUUGCGAGCGUGUCGAUGUAUCGUCGACAUUGUGUUUAAGGAAUUAAGAAGGAAGGAAGAAAGGAAGUUGUCCUGUUAAGAAGUUUGCAAGAUAUUUCUCCCGUUGACGUUCGGCCCACAUGCCAAGCAAGAGACAAAGAGAUAAACCACGGGGGGAGAUACUAGCAAGCUCAGAGAAUUAUCGUGGAAAAGAGAUAGCGUCGUAAGGAAACAGAAGAAGAACAAGAGAAACAGGAAGAAGAAGAAGAAGAAGAAGAAGAAGAAGAAAAGGAAGAAGGGAGGAAAAAAAUGUUGAUACGAAAUUUCGUAGGAAGAACGGAGGACGAAUCUUGCUAUCGGCAAGCGGGAGGAUUUGCAUCGAAGGAUUAAAGGACAUCGAAUGGACGUGGGUGAUAUAUCGAGCUCGAUAGGAUUAUCUGGGAGCGGAUCCAAUCCCGGAAAUACGAGUGUUGGUGUUAUCGCGAAUACAACAUCCAGUAGCAAUACCGUAGGGUGGUGGACGCCUACGUCGAGCAUCGCUUCGGCACCGGCCACCACCGACGUGAUGAAUCAACUUUGCAGAGUUUGCGGAGAGCCGGCCGCGGGUUUUCAUUUUGGAGCCUUCACUUGCGAAGGUUGUAAGUCGUUCUUCGGGCGUACCUACAAUAAUCUGGGCAGUAUAUCUGAAUGCAAGAACGGUGGUGUCUGUGUGAUCAACAAGAAAAAUCGAACAGCUUGUAAAGCUUGCCGACUAAGGAAGUGCCUGAUGGUCGGUAUGUCCAAGUCCGGUUCGAGAUACGGCCGCCGUUCGAAUUGGUUCAAGAUCCACUGUCUGCUUCAAGAGCAGACACAUCAGGCGCACACGCGUCUUAUCAAGGACCCAAAGUUGGCAUAUGAAAAAGCAUUCGGCUCGUUGGACGCGGCAAACAAUAACAAUAAUAACAAUAACGAGAACGCCAGUACGACCAGUGCAAGUGGUAUCAUUGGAAUGAUCACAACUGCGACAACGACGGCGAAUAGUUACCAUCAUCAUCAUCAUCAUCACCAUCAUCAUCAUCAGCAGCAACAGCAGCAACCGCAACAGCAGCCACAGCAGCAGCAGCAGCAGCAACAACAACAGCAACAGCAACACCAGCAGCAACAUCAUCAAGAUAGGAUAGGCAAACGCGAAGAGGCGGCGUUGAGGCCGCAGGACAUUUCGAGCCAAUUGAGAUCGCAGGAAUUAUCUCCACGAUCCAGUCAGGAUCAAAUUGGUAUGAGGACAGCGGAAUUAGGAAGAGCCCCUCAGGAACUUCUUAGGCCAGAAGUUUCGAGGAGUAGCUUUCCAAUGUGGAGAGGACCAGCGUUCUUUCAUCCAGCAUUAACGCACAUGCAACUUUUAAAUGCUCCAUUCUUUCCCUUUCAACAACGCUUCAUCGUUCCGUAUGUUAACCAAAUCGGAGCACCGCCCAUGUUAGCGAGUCUUUCGAGUUCCUCGAGUGAGAGCGUCAGUCCUCGAUCAACACCCUCACCAACGAGGACGAGAGACGAAGAUAGUCGAGUUUUGAGAGCUCGAUCGAGCCUCUGCGGGGAAGCGGAUCGAUCGAGGCCAAGAUCGGCAGACGAGUCGCGAAUUUACGACAAGAGUCUUGCAUUUCUAAGAUCUCUCGGUCCUGAGCAAGAAGAGCCUAUCGAUCUCAGCGUCAAAGCUGCCGUGGCUGCUGCGGAAGCGGCUGCCGCUGCCGCCGCCGCCGCUGCCGCUGCUGCCGCUGCUGCUGUUGCUGCUGCAACGGCAACCGGAACUGCGACCAAGCUAGAAACGAGAGAGCCGGAUAUAGCUAGUACGGAAGAGGAGAGAUCGACGGAUAGCGAGGACAAUGAACUCCUUCGUGACACGGGACCACCGUUGGAUCUCACUAGGAAAACAUGACCUUGGAGUAGAUCCGAAGAUUCUUGAUAGGAACUUCGAGACGUCCUCCUCAAACGCUUUUUCUUCAAAAUCUACGUGGAAGAAAUAGUGUUACUUUUGAUUGUAACGUGAUUCUCUAUUUAGAAAUACGUGAACUUCACUUAAUUCAAAAGGAAAGAGGCUAUAUAUUUCCUUUUGGCUUCUUUAUUGGUGGAUUCUUACCCAAAGUGUGUUAUUUACAAGGAAUGAUCGUGUGCCUUCGAUAGUGCCUUUAAGCUCUCUCUCUCUUGGCUAUCGGCUUAGCGAAGAGAGUCAAAAUGUGCCUGAUAGUUUAACAUUCAUUAUGAUUACCGUCCGUAUAAUUAUGCACGGCUCGUUGCGUGAUAACGCGUGUUACGUUUAUGUGCCGACGGAAUCCAGGAACGAAGUAAUUUUUUUUUAUCAUUAACGAAGGAAUUUUCUUAAUUUUAUCGCGACACGUGUUUUAUUUAACAUAAUAACGGAGCCUUUCCUUUAGCCUAUCCUUACGGUCGAUCUUCUAAAUAAAAUAUAACAAAAUGUGGAGAGACUCUUUCUUAAGAUACGUAAGUAACUAUCUUGUUACGUUGUCUUGAUGACAUAGUCAUUUAUGUUUUUUGUGCCUUAAAAAAUAUAUGAAUAGUAUGAAAUCGUGUGUACCUACCUAUAUUUUCUUAGAACGACUCUUCUUUUCUUCCGAUCGUCGUGUCUUCGAAAGUGAUUUUAUUGCGAAUGUUACGAGAGCCACCAACGUGGUCACGAUCGAAUUUUUCAUGAUGUACGAAUUAAAAAUAAAGAAUAUUCUGUAUCUGCGUGCAAUAUAUAUUUAGAAUGAAAGAAUAUAUUCGGAAUAUUUUGUCUUAUCUUGUCACUUCAACGAGAAA